AUGGCUCAAGAGAGGAUCUACACAGUGCCCACUGGUGGGUGGAGGAUCUUCUGUGCUGAGCAGAUCAAUGUUCCUCCGGAGCUGCCGGACAUUCUCAAGGACUUUACGAAGGCUGUCAUCCGAGAAGAUCCGUCUGCCGGUGCCAGUGCCAAGAUGAAGCUGUACCAGUGGUCUCGAGAUUACUUCAAAAAGAAACUCGGCGAGGUGCGGCUUAGCUUCUGGGCUCAUGUGGGCCGGACACGGGCGAAAGAUGUAGAUGACUCUACCGCGGCGAAGCUGCCUUGCUGCCAAAACGUGGUGUGUGGGUGGAGUUGGGAGAUGGCACACAAGCCGUUUCAUGCUUUUCAAGAUCUUGUACACGAGAUUGAGCAGGAGUAUGAAGAGGAGCUGGCAAGGCUCCGACUAGAGAACACAUGGAUGCGGCAACGACUAGGCUUCGCGAAGGAUGAGCACCUGAACCAAGAGAAGGUCUUGGGGAGGAUGGCGCUUAGUGCAGCUCGCGAGGCGCCGUCACCGACUUCUUCAAGAGCGGAUCCGGACAUUCAAGGUGGAGAACCAUUUGAGCGGCGUGUGUCUGUAGACUCACUUGGGAACCGCAUGCCUGCCCCAAUUGUCGUCAACGGGGGUGUUGUCGAGGCGAAGGAGUUCACGUUUGAGACAAAUCCUAUGUGGCAUACGACCGAUGUGAAGCUGUCUGCUUGGGAAACCAGCAUAUCUGCAGAGCUCACCCAAGACUUGCAAAAGGUCGGUCUUCCCAUGGCUUCGGGGGAGCUUGGCUCAAACGUGAAGAACACGACCCACAGGCUAAUGCGGCGAUGUCAGCUUCCAAUGAGUCCUAAUGCUCCGAUUCGGCUUAGCUGGGACGUGGCUAGCAUGAUCCUCAUCAGUUAUGAUGUUUGGUGGAUCCCGUUGCAAUGCUUUGAUCCAGCCGAAGAUACUUUCACUACGCUGAUGGGCUGGGUAUCGUUGAUUUUUUGGACCCUGGACAUGGUGGCAACACUGCUGGUCGGUUAUUUCGAUGAUGGUGAGCUUGUCUUAUCGCCCAAGAGGAUAGCCUGUCGGUAUUUGCGCACAUGGUUCCUGCCGGACCUGAUCGUGGUUCUGCCUGACUGGUUCACUCGAUUGGUGGACCCUGAAGGUGGUGACGGCCUUGCAACCGUCGCCAGGAUGAUCAAGGGAUUUAGGGCCAUUCGGAUAUUGCGACUUCUUCGCUUGCUGAAGUUGCAGCGCUUGAUGAAUAUGGUGUAUGACCUCAUCGACAGUGAGUACAUGUUUAUUGUCUUCACGAUGAUAAGACUGAUAGUUGCCAUCACUGUGCUUAACCAUGUGAUUGCUUGCAUUUGGUACCUCGUCGGGUACUUGACAAUGCAAGCAGGAAUGCCCAACUGGUUAGAGGACACAGGACUGAGAAAUGUCUACACCUCCGACUUUGCUUGGAAGUAUCUGACUUCCUUGCACUGGAGCUUGACGCAAUUCACACCUGCUUCAAUGGACGUGAGCGCCCGUAACGAGUACGAAAGGAUAAUGUCGAUCCUGGUGCUCUUCUUCUCUUUGGUGGCCUUCUCUUCCAUUGUAGGAAGUGUGACCAACUCCAUGACUGCUCUUCGAAACAUGAGCGGUGACAGCAAAAAGCAAUUCUGGCUACUUCGCCGAUUUCUGAACCACAAAAAAAUAGGAAAAACGACAUCAGCACGCAUCAUUCGCUUUCUGGAGCACCAGACUGCCAACCAGCAGGGUGACGUCAAUCCCGGUUCCAUCACAAUCCUCACGCUCUUGUCAGAGCCACUGAAGAAUCUGCUGGCUUACGAGCUGAGCAAAAAGCAUGUCGAGAACCAUCCCUUUUUCUGCCACCUGGAGCAUGAGAUGAGCCCGAUCCUCGUCAAGCUUUGUGAUACAGUUCUACGAACGAUUGACCUCGCCAGUGAAGAUGUCGUCUUUCAUCCCGGUGAAGAGGGGGAGAAAAUGUAUUUCGUGAAGAGCGGUCAUCUCGAGUACAUGCUCCCCAACGGCGAGGUUCUGAGACCUCGUUUGCUGCAGAAGGCGUGGUUAGCAGAAGCUGUCUUGUGGACCACAUGGUGGCACCGAGGGGAGUUCAAGGCGAGCACUCCCUCAGAGCUAGCGAUCAUUAAGCCGGGCCCGUUCAACGAGGUGAUGAAAAUGCACCCUCGUCCCUGGAGCCUCUGCAGACGCUAUGCCGAAGUUUUUGUCAAGUUCUUGAACCAGACGGACCACAAGAUACUCACAGAUGUCAUAUCCCAGGCAGACUAUUUUGAAAGACAGCUCAAAAGCUGUGACCGAGACUUCCAGGAUCUCGAGUUUGACGCAUCCGCGCUGCCCACCUCUGAUGGUGAUGGGGCGACUCUCGGAGAUCUUCCUGUGCCUGACGAGCACGGAGCUCUGCAGAACAGACAGGUUUCCGAGAUAUUUCCCCGAGCACUUUCCAGAGGUCAAGGUUGA